CGUUGAUGGAAGACCCACCGUAAAGGACACGUGAAACGCAGGGACUCAGUGUGACAGACAGACAGCAGACAGCAGCAGAGUUAACACAGCCCACUCUGAGGAAGAUGGAGACGGUCGGAUACGACAAGUUCAGUUCAUCUGAUUCCGAGAUCAGUCACCAGCACCACCACCAACCUUUUUACACACAGAACAGGCACAACAGGAAGGUUUUCAUCAUGUUGGGAGUGCUUUCUGUCUUCCUCUUAAUACUUACACUUACAGUUGGAAUUAAAUUCUCCCAGGUGAGCAAGCAGAUGUCUGAGGUCACGCUGUCCCUGCAGGCUGUGAAGGACUCUGUAAAAGCAGCUCAGACAGGUGUUCUGCACCCAGAUGCCCUAGCACCUGUGAGAGGUCCCUGUGAAGAAGACUGGACGUUUUAUAAAGGCAAAUGCUACCUUUUGUCCAGACUGAGGAAGAAGUGGCACGAUGCAGAAAAGGCCUGUAACCAGCAGAGGGCGCACUUACUGGUAGUGAAUAAUGCUGAUGAACUGGACUAUAUUUCCCAACUUGUGGGCCUCAAUGAAAAUUACUGGAUUGGUCUGGUUGAGAAGGAGGACGAGGGGGACUGGAGCUGGGUUGACGGAACAGACUUCAAAUCCACCGAACACUUCUGGGACGAGAGGCAGCCGGAUGACUGGGACGUGCGUGUGGAUGGGGAGGACUGUGGACAGCUUCACGCCAAACACACACUCAAGCGGAACAUGUGGAACGACGCAGACUGCACACUCUCCUACAAAUACAUCUGUGAGGGUACACCCAGGCACUGACACACACAAAGUUCCCCUACCCCACACGCACAGGGAACAGUCUUCCAAGUGAACAG